GCAAAAACAAGCUUUAGACUCAUCACGACUAUCCAUGUUUCCUGAAGAUAAUACAACCCGAUAGUCCAAGUAGUGAUGGCGGACGUCGUAUGUACAGGGUGGCUAAAAAAAUCGCCACCCGCCACUAAAAUGUCGAUCUGGGGAGUGCCUAUAGCCUCAUGUACAUCCUGGGGUCAGAAAUUUUGGAAGGACAGAUGGUGUGUGUUGAAGAAACGUGGAUCCACUUACUAUUUAGAGUAUUAUAAAAAUGAAUGGGCCACGAGACCCAAAGGGGAAAUCGACCUCAGUAAAUGUGAGCAAGUCAUCGAAGGACUAGAAUUCGAGAACCGAAGAAAUUUGUUAAACGCUCACAUUUUUAAUAUUGUGACAAGUAAAAGGACUUAUUACCUUGUGACUAAAACAGAGGAUGAUAUGUUUCGAUGGGUGAGAAAUAUCUGCCGAGUUUGUGGAUUCAUCAACGAGGAACCGCCGCAGACUUCAGAAGUUACUG